AGUGAUUCAACUUCAGCGAAAAAUAGCCGUAUUUAAAUAGUUUUGUUUCGUUGCAAGAAAAAUGAAUUUCAACGACGGCAGUGAACAUUGGAACGAGGAAAAUGAAAUCGUUCACACAUGUGGACUGUGCGAGAUGGUUUGCAUGGCCAAUGAAAUACAAAGCCACCCAUGCCUGGAGUCUUUCGCCAGUUAUUAUCUGGACAAGCAGACAUAUUAUUUUUAUCCGCAGUGUGAAGAUGGAAAAAUUCUGCGUAGAAGCCUGGUGGACGGCACUGAACAAAAUGUUUUGGAGGCGCUUGUUCGAGAGGAUGCAGAGGAGACCGUUCAGGAGGCAGAAAUGACAGACGAGGAGGGCUUCGACAUAGAAAAUCUUCCGGAGAAUCAAAAUCUCCGGAAGAUUUUUAUAGAAGAGCGUCUCAUCGAGGCGAUUCGGAAACGACCGCCUCUUUGGAACUUCAAGCUGCCAAUUACAGAAAGGGGCAUUCGGAGCAAAGAGAAGUUAUGGAUGGAUGUGGUCGCAGUAAUGAAAGGUGUGGUUACUUUAGCUGACGCCAAAAAAAAGUGGAAAACUCUAUCGGAUACAUUCAGGAGGCAUCGGAAAAAUGCGGAGUUGCCAAGUGGUUCAGCAGCUCAAAAGAUUUCCAAGUGGAUUCACUUUGAGCGAAUGAGCUUCCUUCGAGAUGUAAGCCUUCAAAACAAGUAUGUAUGAACUGUACAUAAUAAAAAUAACAAAUUAUAAAGAUCACAAUAUUAAACAAUCAGUGGUAUAAAAAAGACCAAUGAGAGUCAAUACGGUUAUUAGUGUGCACAGGUGCAACUCACCAAUUCAGGAAGCAUGUGAAAUACAACAUAAUUUAAUGUUUCGGCUC